GCACAUCAUGUUGCUCCUCCUCGACAGAGACUCUUCGAUGCAACAGUUUAUAAAGAAAGAAGAAGAAGGGACUUCUUCAACAACCGGAAACCAAACUUUUUUCUACCAACUUUUUUUUUUUUUUAACUUCUCUGAAGCAAAAGAGGAAAAAGAAGAAGAGAGUCGACCCUCUUCUGCAUGGUGUCAUAAACUGAACGGUUCCUUAUUCUCUUCAUUUGCGUGUUGCUUGUUGGAAAUGUGACCAACAGGAGGAGAAGAAGUAAACUGUUUCUGGAGAGGAGAAAGGGGCGACAUCGAGGGAUUUUAUUUAGGCUCACAUAACGGAUUCUGGUCCUUUUUAUCAUGGAAGAUGGUGCAAAAGAGGAUCCAGCCCAGAGUAAAGAGCCAAAGUUCCUGGGUAAGGCCGGCUGGGUGAAGAAGGCCCCCAAGGGGCUGCUGGCCAGCUAUAAGGACCGCUACGUCCGUGUGGAGAAGACAGAGAUUGUGGUGUAUGAAAAUGAGGACCUGCAGAACUGCUUAGAGAGGGUUGACCUGGAAAACUAUGAUGAAUGUCGUGAAUUAAAGAGCCCGUUCAAGAAGAAGCACAGACUGUUACUGAUUCGAUCAUCCAAGCCUGGAAAUAAGGUCAGUGAUGUGAAGUUCCAAGCUCAGACCGCAGAGGAGAAGGAGGCUUGGAUUAAAGCUCUGCUUGACGGCAUCAAUCGAGCAAAGAACAAAAUCUUUGAUGAGGUGACGGUUGAUGAGAGCAGUAAUUUAGACCAUGUGACCCGAUCGAGGCCCAAAGGGAACCGCAACCGGCGGCCACCGACCAGGAUACACAUGAAAGAGGUAGCUGAUGUGUCGUCUGACGGUAUCCUGCGUUUGGAUCUUGAUCUUGAGGAUGCCAUAAUGCCUAAUGGGACCCAUCACACCACUGUUGAUGGCACUGCAACCCCCAAAGAGGCAAUCAGAGUCCCAAGUCCUCCGUCCAAGGCCAGUGAAACUGCAGAGAGACGGUCCGGGGCGAUUUCUGAAGAGGAGGCUCAGACCGAGCCAGAGGUCAGUCCCCAGAAAAAGGUCAUCAAACCCCCCAUGCCCCCGACCAAAGAGGCUAAACCCAGUUCACCACCUGAGGAUGAACCUGAUCAGGAUGACGGUCCAGAGAAAAAGGUCCUGAAGCCUCCUAUGCCUCCGUCUAAAGAAGCCAAGCCGUCUGCUUCACCUGUGGAAGAAGCUACAGAAGCUGAAAAGAAAACGACGGGUCCACCACCACCAACCCCUCCCAACAAACCCAGCCCCAGCAGCUCCACGAGCAACCCGGCAGAGGCCUCGCAGUCCAGGCCGAACUCCCACCCUCCUACCCCUCCAUCCAAAGAGAAGAAGCCCUCCCAUCCUGCUGAGGAGCCGGACCAAGAGGUUCAAGACUCGACUGAUGAGAAUAAGGAGAAGGAGGAGACAGGAACAGAUGAGGUGGACCAGUCGGUUUCUAAAGAUCUACCCAGUGAUGUUGAACCUGAGAGUCCCAGCGAAGAGGUACGGGUUUCUGGAGAAGAAUCAGAGGAGACUAUGACUAAAGCAUCCGACAAUGAGCCCACAGAGCAACUCAGAAAGAGUCCCAGUCCUCCUCUAAUCCCCAAGAAAAAGCCUGUUCAGCCUGACGAGCAACACACGGACGACAACAUGACUAUAACGCAGACUGAUGAGGGCCAGGACUCCGCUGCAUUACUGCAAACAGCCUCAGAUACCUCAGCCAGCUCUCCUCAAUCAGAAGAGGCUCUACCCAAGAGGGAAGUCCAGUCAGUGGUUGUCUCUGUGAGUGACCCGGUCGCUGACGGCCUCAGCCUGAGUCCACUGCUCUGUCACCUGCCCGGGGAGAAGAAAAAGAAGACGGAGGAGAAAUCCGUCGACAGCGGUCAGCACUCGGACGACGACAGCGAGGGCUCCGGGAGUGAAGACACGCUGGCGGCUUCCACGCGUGCGUUGAGAGGAAGCAACGCCGGGCUGGAUGUGUUGGACGCCAGUGAGGAAGUCAUUCAGCAGAUCCCCGUUAGUAUAAGGCCGAAACAGGCCCCACCCAAACCUCAGGUCAGACCGAAAAUCUUUCCCUCUCGGCGUUCAGAGCCCACUCCUCCUCUCAAACCUUCAGCCAUGGGCAGGUCUGCCUCCAUCGGAGAUCUGCUGUCUGACUCUUCAGUCCGCGUUCAGGCGAAACAGCCCACCGGAGCUGUGGUCGGAGGCGACGCGGCCCCUACCGAUGACUUCAGGAAACUUGAGACUGAAGUGGCGCUGGAGAUGGAGAAGACGAAGGAGCUCCAGAGCAGAGUGAACCAGUCCGGGGGGGGAGGUGACGGGGAGGGCGCGCCGGAGGACCUGCUGGCCAAGGCCAUGGAGAAGCUGAAGAAGGCCGACCACGUCCUGAGGGAAGUCAAUAAACUGAAACUCGCAAGGAGCUCAAGCACCAGGAAGAGCUGGUGAAUGUCAGUCACAGAGAGAAUGACUUAGAAUUGACCGUUCGCUAAACCUGUCUCCUCAACAGUUGACUUUUCAGAGGGCAAAAUCAUCUAGAAAUGAGAAGCUGCUUUUGUGUUCCUCUGACUGAAAUCACUGGUUCCCUGCAACCCUUUAAAGCAGGGGUCAGCAACCUGCAGCUCUUUAGCACCUCUCCGGUGGCUCCCUGUGGCUUUGACAAAAAUUAUAUAGAAAUGAAUAAUGGUUAUUUUUUAACAUUUCAACUUUCGUUAAUCAUUGAAGUGAUUCUUACAUUCACCAACUGCAAACGUGUAGCCUACACACCACAAAUUUUAACAUUUCAGGAGGGCUGACCCAAAUGCUUUGAAGCUUCGACCGUUGCCAUGGUAAUCAACCUCCAAAUCAGUGUUCGAAUGCUUCGUUUUCUAAUCUUUUUAUAUAUACAAGUAUUUAAUAACAAUGUAUAAAUCCCGAAAUAGCCCAUGCAAUAAGGAAUAAUCCCACAACAUUAUUCAUAUUGAAUAUUAAUUAUUAUUAGUUAUUUAACUAAAACAGGGGAGAUGGAGACCGACAGACAGAAGAACAUGUCAGCCUGCCCGCGCCAUGCUGCUCCGCAAAGCUUCGAAGCUUCGAUGCCCAAAAAAUGGUAAUCGGGACAGCCCUACAUUUCAGUCAACUAACUGUGUGUCAUAUAGCCUACAUACGUACGUCUACGGCCCCGGCGCCUUAUCCUCUAAUUUUGCCGAUCUACACGUGUUGGCUAGUUUUGAGUUGAAUUUCUGAUUCUUACAUAGAGUCCCUUUAAUAGUUCACUAUCUCUUUUUGAUAGUGAAGGUUGCUGACCCCUGCUCUAAAGGAUAGCGAUUCUACCUAAGAGAAAGGAAAGCCUGUUACAGGUGUAACAACACUGGCUACGGGAGGGUCAGGGUUUAGUGAACGGUCACUUGAUUGAGACCAGAAUGACAGAAAUCUCUCAUUUUCUAUGGUUAUGCGGCACAUGCAACUGUUUGCUCAGAAUUAACUAAGUGCAAUUAUUUCUAGUUUAACUUUCUCUGCAGCUGAAAAUAAUGCUUAACGUUCUACUGUGUAUUUUUUUGUUAAUAUUCGAUAUUUUCAAGAACGAUUACUUGAAAGUUAAUUAAAAAAAUAAUAAUAAUAUAAUGACAAAGCAGUACUGUCAAUACAUUGAGAACAUGCAAAAACAAAAGUACUAAAAAGUGUUAAUACCAAAUUACACAAAUUGUUUUAAUAGUUUACUCUUUCUUUUAUUUUCAGAUACCAUGUUCUUGCUGGCAGUUUUUUUAUAUAUUGUACAUAAUUGAUACUUUUACUACAGCAUCUGCUGUUUAUUGUUGAUGACGAAAGAUGUACCAACCUAGCUCAGGAGUUUUCUGAAAUUCAUCUUUUCAGUUAAUCAUAAAGCAAAAUGAAGAAGUGCUUCUCCACAUGGAAUGAUUCCAGUUUUAUUAUUAAUGAUAUGUUUUUCAUACUGAUAUUGUACAUAACACGGAACGCAGAGCUUGUAGCAGCCCGUUUGGCUCUAACUAACCCUUUUUACAGUUUAAUUUUACAUUCAUUUGAUUUUAUGAAUCUAUGCUCCUCUGUGAUGUUCCUCGCAAUUUUGAAUCAUGAACUCAGAAUUUCCCCUAUUUUUGUCCAAUGCUUUGUUAUUAAAAUGGUAUGACGGUUAGUGUUUAAGACUAUUUUAAAUAUGUCACACCAUUUAGAGUAUGCAAGAAUAUUUUCUAACAUUAGUUAUAAUUUUGUACUCUUUUGAUAAAAUUUGCUAUUGCCCAAAUAAACAAAGGGAAACUACCUG